AUGGUAGGCUAAUAACAUGAUAUUCAAUAAUCAAUUAAUCUGUAAAGAAGUAUAAAAUUUUUAUAAAUUAAAUUCAAAAGAUAAAAAUACUUGAAAAGAAAGUAAAGUAAAAGGUUAUUUGUGAAAGAUUUAUUUAUGAGUUUGAAUAAGGAACAUUAGGAAAUUUGUUUUAAGCUAUUAAUUAUAGGUAACUCAACAGUUGGAAAGACAUGUCUAUUGCUGAGAUAUUGCAAUAAUAAAUUUUCAUAUAGCCACAUACUCACAGUAGGGGUAGAUUUUUAAAUAAAAAGACUUGAAAUGAAUGGAAAGAAGCUUAAACUGUCUAUUUGGGAUACAGCUGGUUAGGAAAAAUGGAGAACUAUUACUACAAAUUAUUACAAAGGAUCUGAUGGUAUUGUUGUAGCAUAUUCAGUAGAAGAUUAAGAAUCUUUUGACAAAGUAGGAAGCUGGAUUGAAAGUAUAAAAGAAAAUUGCGAUAAUGUUAAUAUAUCUAUUUUAUUAGUUGGAAAUAAAUCAGAUUCAAAACAAAGAGUAGUUACAUAUGAAUAGGGUAAAAAGCUUGCUGAGUAAUAUAAUAUUCCUUUUUAGGAAACUAGUGCUCUUGAUAAUAUUAAUGUGACCGAAUCUUUUAAUUAACUUGCUAAAAUGUGCUUAGAUUAGCAUGAAAUAAUAAGCUCUAAAAAAAAGAACCAGAAAUCUUCAUCAAACGAUAUUGAUGAGCAAAUAACUGGCCCUUCUUAAUCUAAAAAGUUAACUUCAAAGAAAAAAGAUGAAAACGGAGAAAGUAAAAAAAAUUGUUGUUGA